AUGGCCUCGGUCGAAAAGCAGUUGCUCGAGCGCUGCUCAGCCGGCGAUCACGACUCCGUCCACACUCUCCUGGACAACAACCAGCCAGCAUCGCCAGACUUGGUGAAUCAGCUGUUGGCUGCAACCAUUGCUGCUGGGCAGAUAGACCUUGCCAAAUCUUUACUAUCUCGAUAUCCCGACAUUUCGUUAUUGAUGUUGCCUGUUCGCGAGGCCACCGACACUGCAUCAAUUCCGUUGUUUCAAGUACUCUAUGAGAAAGAUCCAUCUAUCGUGCAUAUGGAGUUUGAGAGAGAAGGCACACCCCUUGCACUAGCAGCUAUGUGCGGCAGACCUAUUGAAUUUAUCUCCUAUCUCUUAUCCUGCGGUGCAAACCCGAACCAGCCACCUUCUAUUAUCCCAUUCCCAGUGGCCAGUGCAAUAUUCGGCUACAAGGGGUCGACAGAAGUAGCGAUGCUUCUGUUGAAAAAUGGCGCCAAGCUGCAACACACGGGUGCCCUGUGCAUGGCUGCUUCUAGAGGCUAUCUCGAGGCCGUGCAAUUUCUUUUAGAACACGGGGCAACACCAGCAACAGAUCAGCGAGAAGACGGUAUCCCAGAUCUCACUGGUAUUGGGCCGGCGUUAAACAUUGCUGUGUACAAAGGCAACUUGGAGAUUGUUGAUUUACUGCUCAAGCACGGAGCAGACAUCAGUCAGAAGAACCGUGAUGGAAAGACAGCAUUGGACAUUGCCGAAGAAAAAGGCUAUACCCAAAUCUUGGAUUUACUGAGAGGACAUAAAAUGUAA